CUGAGUUGUUGUUUGAAAAUGGUAGCAAAUAAAUCGAAAAACGAAUUGUUUUUUCUAAAAGCUGUAUUUAAAACAGCUUGUUAUGUUGGUAUAUUUCCUCUCCUGACGGACGGUUACACAGCAAAAAUUCACCGGGUCUUCUCCGUCGUCGUGAUUCUGUCGUGCGAUAAGGUCGAAAAAAGAGCAGAUAAUUUAAUACGAACGUGCAUUUACAUCCAAGCUCAAACGGGCGAUGAAAACGCAUCGAUAUUGGCGAACUUGGCGAAAGACCUCCGACCCAAAUUCUCGGCUGCAGGAUUUUUCGAUAUUAAUCAGCGGAUUCUGCCCACUUUUUUCUCGAACCUCUCCACGUAUUUGAUCAUCAUACUUCAAUUCAAAUUCUCCUCUUUGUAAUCAAUUAGACGAGUUUCGGUGUUAUAGCUUAUCAAUUUUAGCCC